CAGUAGUCAUACCAUUUCCAAUUCAACCCCACAUGUGCAAGGUGCACAUGUACUUAACGAUACAAUAUCUUAUAUCUAAUCUAUUACCGAAGAGUAAUCCAGGAGAUCAUUAAACUAGAAAAGAUGGAUGAUAUAGACUCCAUGUUCACUGACCUGCUGGGAGAGAUGGACCUCCUAACACAGAGUCUUGGGUAUGAAAUGGAGCCCUCAGAAAUGUCAUCCAGCUCACAGAGAGAAAAGAACUUCUCUAUUGGGUUCACAGAUUUGAACGAAUCUCUAAAUGAGCUAGAGGAUCAUGACCUGGAUGCUCUGAUGGCUGAUCUGGGGUCAGAUUUGUCAGAGACAGAGGAGAAACUGAACGCAACCGAGACGGGACAUGUCCACACACAGCAGCACAAGUCUGGCUAUUCCACCCAACAACAAAAUGUCCGAGCACCUGUCUCCUUGUCCCAAAUGUCAUCGCUGGCGUCCUCCUCAUCCUCUCUACCUCCUGAACCCCCCAAACCACUUCCACCGGGAGAGGGCGAAGCACAAGCCAAAACUGACAAAAUCAAGCUGGCUCUGGAGAAGCUAAAAGAAGCCAAAGUUAAGAAGUUGGUAGUGAAGGUGAUGAUGAGUGAUGGCAGCUCCAAGACACUGAUGGUGGACGAGAGACAGACGGUCAGGGACGUGCUGGAUAAUCUGUUUGAGAAGACCCACUGUGACUUCAGCAUGGACUGGAGCCUGUGUGAAACCAACCCCGAGCUGCAGACUGAAAGGGGGUUUGAAGACCAUGAAUAUCUAGUGGAGCCUCUUUCUGCAUGGACACGAGACAGUAAAAACCAAAUAAUUUUCCUUCUGAGACCCAACAAAUAUCUCUUCUUCAAGGACCCCCAGAUAUUCUACCUAUGGAAGAAAGACCAAAAAUCUAUUCAUGAGAUAAAAGAAAGGCAUAAGGAACUUCUGCUAAAGGAAAAUUUUGAUGGGCCUUCUCUCAUCGUCCCAGACCUGGAGGGGCUGCUGUAUCUGAGAGAGGACGGGAAGAAAUCGUGGAAACGUCGCUACUUCCUGCUCAGGGCAUCUGGGAUAUAUUAUGUGCCUAAAGGAAAGACAAAGACAUCCAGGGACCUGGCGUGCUUCAUUCAGCUUGACAAAGUCAAUAUCUACACCACCACUGAUUACAAACAGAAAUACAAAGCACCAUCUGAUUUCUGCUUCAUCCUCAAGCAUCCUCAGAUCCAGAAGGAGUCCCAAUACAUCAGAUUCCUGUGUUGUGAUGAUGAGCACACUCUCUCCCUCUGGGUCAACUCCAUCAGAGUAGCCAAGUAUGGGGCCACCCUGUACAAGAACUACCAGAUGGCAGUGAGGAGAGCAUCAACCAUCAGCUCCACUCUGCACCUGACUAGUCUGCCUGCCUCCAGCCCUUCCACACCUACUGUGCAGAGCAAAUGGACACUCCCCUCAGGAGGACCUCCCUGAACCUCCCCCAGACUUUAUUCCCCUGCCCCCUCCUGGUUGGGGCUCUGGGGUCUAGGGAAGGAGCUCCACCCCCUCAAUGCACAACCAUGACUACCAUAGGACAUUCUCAACCUACCUAAAGACAGGCAGAUGGACAAAGAUAUUUUCAAUCAGAUUUAGGUCAGAACUGAGACUACUAGACUAUUUAGGAACACUCAACACCUCUUAGAAAGCCAUUCUGGUGUAUCCUUAGCAUUAGAAUUUGUGCAAUUGUUCCGCAAAAAUAUAUAACUAUCGCAGGGUUAGCUAUUCAGAAGACUAUGGCGGGUUUUCCUCUAACUUUUUACCUGUCCUUUGCUCUUUUCAUAUUUAUUUUGAUCCUAACAAACUCCCCAGCCCCUUCCAGCAACAAGCAUACCCAUAACAUGAUUCUGCCACCACAAUACUAAUCUUAUUCAAAAUGAUUCACAUCUGUAAUGGCUGCCAACAGUGCUUCCAUAA